AAAAACAAUGAAACUUACACUUAUCGCCGCCACAUGUGCCCUUGUCGCUUCAGCUAUGGCCCAGGGUAAUAGUACUGUAAUUCCUAGUGGUGGAAUGGGUGGAACUGUAGCCUCAGCGAGUAUUUCUGUUGAUACCCCUGCUAAUCCUAAUGCCGCGAAUCAACUUGCUGGUGGUUUUGUAACUAUUGCUUUAACAUCUGUUGCUGCUGCUUAUGCCCUCAUUUAAGAAUAUUGAAAUUAACUCAUACUACAAAUCACUUCUUUCAAACUUUCUAUUAUUUCUCACCCCUAUCCCCACCCCCGGUGAUUUUUUUUCCAUAACAUAUACACCUAAUAAAAUACCU